AUGAGAAAUACACCAACAAUUUCGACUUUUUCCACACUAAACACUUUUGCCGAGAUGACAAAUAUACCGGCAAUUUCUGUACCUUUCCCACCAAACAUAACAGCUGAAGAUUACCUUAAAAGAAGAAAAGAUGGCAGUUUUCCGAGCAAAUCAAUGAAUUCUUUUAUGUUAUAUCGAAUAGCAUUUAAUAAAGAACUUCGCGCAAGAGGAUUAUGCGUAAGACAACAAGCGAUAUCUCGUCAAAUCUCAGAUUCUUGGCAAAAUGAACCCGAACACGUAAGACAAAUGUACAGGCUUCUUGCGAUAAGAGCUCAUGAAGAACUUGAUCAAAUACGUAAAUGUAAUUUAGGAUCCGUUCCGCUUUUCACCUUUGCGACUGAUGUCAGAAUAUGCUAUUCAGACUCCGCACAAACUUUUAAUUCAGAUCAUAUUAAUUCGAAUCAAAAUAAUAAUUCACCAAUGCUCCAUCCAGCAGAAGCAGCGCCAGACUCGAUCCAAAUUGCAUCUACCAAUAGCCAGACACAAGAUUCAUCUAUUCAAGAUGAGGACAUUUUUAUAAAUUAUUUAAAUGAUUUUUUACCAUAUCCGGAAUUAUCAUCUGACGGAACAUUCAUGGAUCUAAACUAUUUAACACUCUCUUUUGAUUCUUUCAUGGCAGACUGUUAUAAGCAGUGA